AUGGGUAUUAAAUAUUUAACCAGCUAUAUCAACGCUAAUGAAAACAUCUUCUUGACUCGGAUUGAGGUCAGCCAUCAAGAUGUUGUGAUUGAUGGAUCGGCAUUGGUCCAUCAUUUAUACCACCAAAAUAUUGGAAUCGAUCCAUCGCAGCAUUUAAGCUAUCGUUCAGGUGGUGAUUAUCGACAGUUUAGUAAGAGAAUUGAAGGCUUUUUUACCAAGUUGAUGCAAUAUAAAAUUCGAGCCUUUGUCAUCUUCGAUGGCACUUGUGCACUCAAAAAGUUUAAAAUGGAUACCAUCAGAAGUAGAGCAAAAGACGGGAUUGCCAAGGCAGCCUCGUUAAAAACAACCGAUAAAGAUGUUGUCAUAUUGCCACCGAUGGCUGAAAUGACAUUCAUCCACGUUCUACGCCAAUUGCAUAUACCCUUUGUUAAAAGUGAAAAAGACGCUGACCCAGAGAUUGCUGCGCUAGCUGAAAAGUGGCAAUGCUUAGUCAUGAGCAAAGAUAGCGAUUUCUUCAUUUUUAAACUUAGCCGCGGUUAUGCACCAUUUGAUAAAAUCUACAUGGAUGAUGAUCAUCAUUGUCUAGUUUGUUAUGCUUAUUUUCAAAAUAACUUUAGUCAAAGACAUCAUAUACCGCUCUUGCUGCUACCAUUAGUAGCAUCAUUCUUGAGUAAUGAUUAUCUUAGCUAUGAAGAUUUGCAAGAAAUUCAUUCUACUUUAAGUGUUCGAUUGCAUGAUACUAUAAGAGAAAAGAUAAUAUCCAUCAUAAACUGGCUUCGAAAUAAAAACAUUACUUCAUUUGAUGAUUGCUUAUCAGCAGGAUUAUUAACCUUAGUGCCAAAGCAUAAAUUGGAAACUCUCCUAGCAAAACUGAGGUAUUCAAUACAAUUUUAUAGCCAAGAUGUCAAUGUCAACGCGGUUGAAGGACACCUUCGACAAGAGUUUACAUUACCUCAACAAUCACAUAUUUUUGAAAAUGAUGAAGACGAUACCAAAAAUUGGAUCAUUAACUUAUAUCGAUAUAAUAGGUUUCCAUCCUUCGCUCUUGACAUCAUCUGCAAUAAAUUCGUAGCUUUUCGACCUUCUAUAGAGCAUGUACGAUUUCCUAGUGUUCACAAUUGUACACAAGCUUUACGUGAUGUUAUCUAUGCAAUACUAUUAAAAGGAGAAGAGGUGAAGGAUACAAUUAUUUACAGCCCCGAUCGAGGUAAUUGCGCUCGUAGAUAUGAUCAUAUACAGGAAAAAGAUGGGUUUAUAAAGGAAUGGGAUCGAAUGAAGGAAAGCCAUUACGCUGCAAAGUAUGUCAAGAUAAAGGAACUACCAACAUUCAUUUGCAGACAACAAGCCCUAACUCCCAUACCUCAUUUACACAACCUACGUUUAUCCGACCGGAAAGAUAGACUGCAAUUUCUGUUAAUGGUAUUCGAUUGUGAACACGAUUGCUUACGGGAGUUGAAUUUAUUUUGGUGGUUAAUUGUAGCCAGCCUUAGAUACUGGUUUAAGAAUUGUUUACAAGACAGCAACCAUCUCUUGCUCACUAUCCUACUUGUUUGUAUCAUUAAUCUUUAUUAUGAUAGCGUUCAAGAAUUUCCAAAGGAGAGCAUGUAA